AUGAAUACAGAUCCAACUAUCGCAGACAGAGCUGGACCCUGUUUCAAUGCAUUCCAGCAAUGUCUGGAAAAGUCGGCGGUCAUCUCCCCGCGGGAGAUGUCGCGGGUCGAAGACCAGUUCGCCAGAUUCUCAUUGUGGACGGCUAAUAUCGGGGUCUUUGCCUCAGGGAGAGCCUCAUUAGAUCAUCGUCUGAGAGAGGCGCAAGAAGUUCAUGAGGUCAUUACAGGACUGUUAGAGGUGUUGGACGAUCGAAUACAAGAGUGUGCUUCUUAUCUCACGUCGCUCGUGGAGCCUGAAGGGGACAAUGCCCAAGAACUCGAUCAAGAGAAACUUGAUAAGCACAUCCGAGGGCUCGCGAACCAAAUUACGCUUCUUCACCGAUUAUCAAACACUAUUCGCAAAGCCAGCAGUGAGACGCAAAACGCCAAAGCUGCCAAUACUUUCAAGAUUCUGGAUGACGAAGGAAACGAUGUGGAAUCAUUGCUAGAGAUUAUUUUUGCCAACUACGUCCGCGACAAAUUCCCCAGCAUCGACGAGAGAGUCCUGCAGCGACUUGUCCGCGCGAUGGUAACGCGACGGAAACGAGUUCUUUACAAGCGAUCUCGAUUUGGAAAGCUUGCUCUCAGAGUUAAAGAGACAAAACCUCAGCCAAAGGUGCAGGCACCGCAAAUACAGCUGCAGCAGACUCCUGCCACACAAAAUUUACCAGAGGCAGAAGAUAAAGAAGAUAACGAUAGCCUCAAAGAAGAUGGCACUGGAGCAAACCACAAAUCUCAAGCUGGGCUGAGUGCAACGACUCUAGCAGCAGACAAGUUUAGAACAGCUUCUGCCCCUUCGGUCAUUUCUGGGACGAAGACAGUUUCUUUGGAUAAUCACGAGGAUCUUCCAUUUCCGGUUCCGCCUCUGGGCCGUGUCAGACGCAAAUAUAAAAAAAUGAAAAGAACCCUAGAGGAGCAACAUAAAACCAAAAUUGCCUCCACUUCCGCGGAGGCUAAGUCCGCCAGCAUCGGUAAACUUGGUUACCUGGCAUUGGAGCAAUACAAAUUAUCGAGAGAGCUGAAUGAAUGCUGGGAGCAAUGUCUUCGUGCUGUAGGCGAGGUGACAUGUCCGUUUUGUUUUUAUGCAAUUUCAGCAGUGAAUAUAAGUGAUGAUACUAAAUGGAGAUCACACGUCCGAAACGACCUUGAUGCUUAUAUUUGUCUAUUUGAGCAAUGUAAUGACCAAGACAGAUUGUUUGGUCGUAGUGAAGAAUGGCUGAGACAUAUGCAAGACCAUGCAUUACGUUGGCCUUGUAACUCCAAGUCACAUGGAACCAUUGUCUAUGACUCGAGAGACGAGUACAUUAGUCACUUGAAAGAAGAUCAUAAAAAUACAUUCAGUGACGCCCAGCUACGUAUUCUUGCCGACAGAAAUGGACGAACGAUUGGACCACUGUUCAAGUCCUGUCCAUUUUGUGGGUUUGAUGAUACGUCAAGCAGUACCAAAAUCGAGGAACAUAUUGUGGGCCAUCUGAGGUUCCUUGCACUGAAAUCUUUGCCACCUUAUGAAGACGAGUGCUCAGAAAGUUCUGAUGCCGAAAGUACGAGUUCGCGAAUUUCGAAAGCUCACAAGAGAAGCACCAUCGAGAAUGAUCCCGAUAGAGAAGUAAAGACCAAUUUUGUGGAUAAUGGACCAAUAGUAGUUCUUGAUCCAGAUGACGAAAGCGUUGUUGCACCAAGCUUGGCUUCUCAAUACAUGCCAAGGAGGGGAAGCCUGGAAUGGGGUUUCGUUACGGAGGCUAUCGAUGAAAUGGCGAAUGUGAAUGAUGACAUCGUGCUUCAACAUAUAGCCACCAAGAAGGUACACCAAAACCUGUCUGAAGCAGGUUCAACCGAGUCCAAAGCCCUCACAGCAGAUCCAGUCAUGACUUCUAGCCACUCCCCGGAGCUAAGUGACAGCAUCCCGAAUUCCUUGCCUCUGGAGGUGCAAUUAAUAGAGGCAUGGAAGACAGUGCUGGAAGCUGAGAAUCCCUCCACUCUGACCAGCAUGGAGAACCUAGCAUCAACCUACCGGAAUCAGGGUCGAUGGAAUGAAGCUGAAAAGCUGGAGGUGCAAGUAAUGGAGACAAGGAAGACAGUGCUGGGAGCUGAGCACCCCUCCACUCUGACCAGCAUGGCGAACCUAGCAUCAACCUACCGGAAUCAGGGUCGAUGGAAUGAAGUUGAGAAGCUGGAAGUUGAAAACCCCCUUGAAAUCAAGUGCAUUUGUGCCUUUGAUGAUCAUGAUGGGGACAUCAUCUUCUGUGAAAGUUGUGAAACAUAUCAACACACCGAGUGUUAUUACCAUGAUCAGAACGUACCACACGAACACUUCUGUGCAGACUGUUCACCCUCACCACUGUACUUGGACAGAGCACGGGUCACUGAGCGACAACGUCGUUUACGGCAGGAAGACGACAGCCUUGAUGCUACAGCGUAUCGUCGUCGUGUACAUGGUCAGAUCGAAUCAGAUGAUGAAAGUGGUCUAUUGUCAGUCGAAGUAAUAGGUGAAAAGGCCAAAGACAUCCAUAAUGAACCAACAUUGGAUGUCUUCAAGAGCAAUCAUGGCAUAAUAUCGAACGAGCAUGUGAGAAGCACGACAAACGACAGAACAGAUGUGGCCGAACAUAUAGUGUGCGUGUCGGAUGAACGCCGGUUUUCCACGGAAUCGUAUCAAAAUCCCAAAGCACAGUUGAGUCCUGAUUCGAUGAAACCUCCAGGGACAGACCAGAAUGCAAACAUUUCUGACAAGGGCAAACAUAAGAUUAUUGAAGUCUCCACUGACAUAUCACCGGAGGCUCAAGUUUUAGGUGUCACAGGGACAGGGUCGGUGGUACAGGAGAGACAUCGAAUUCGUACAUCUCCUUUUCUCUCUACUGAUGAUUUGCCACCUCUGAUAUGGCUAUCGGGAGAUCAGAGACACGACAACAUAGACAAAGAAGACUAUAUAUCAUCUGGAUUCAGAGAACAAGAUGCGAUUGCAGAACCAUACCCUGUUACGGAGAGGAGCCCGUAUCGAAUCACGUCUGAAGAGGGCAAAAGUGAGCCCUCCUCAGGGAUGCACAAUUCGAGUGUCACAGCGAUAGAUCCAGAACGUCGAAGAGACGCAUCUAGUCCAGGAACACGCUCAAGUGAGAUUACCUCUUCAAGAAACCAAAUACACAAUUACAAAGACAACAAAGACAAUACACCGGUUUUGGAGAGAAGAGAAGUUGAUAACAUCUCCGAGACUCCUGUAACCACCAAGAUUCCUGAUGCCGUGCCUCGACAGGAUUUGGCAAGUAGUUCUAUACUUGUCAAUGUCGAGAAUUCAAGGCAGAAACCCGAAUUGCCGAAUUUAGAUGACAGUGUUUUGGAUGAUAUGAUUCAGCGUCUCAUAGCUUCACCCAGAGCUGCUUCAAGAACACUGUGCAUCCGCAACGAGGAAAUAAGAACACUAUGUGCGGUGUCUCGGGAACUGCUCCUAUCGCAGCCUGUGUUACUGGAACUAAAGGCGCCGGUCAAGAUUGUCGGAGAUAUACAUGGCCAGUACACUGACCUCCUGAGAAUGUUUGAACUAAGCGGCUACCCACCGAAUGAGAAUUAUCUAUUUUUAGGCGACUACGUGGAUCGUGGCAAGUCGGGACUGGAGACUAUUCUUCUCCUGCUAUGCUACAAACUGAAAUACCCCGAUAACUUCUUCCUAUUGCGAGGGAACCAUGAAUGCGCCAACAUCACCCGUCUCGGUGGGUUCUUUGACGAGUGCAAACGCCGAUGCAAUGUAAAAAUAUGGAAGACCUUCGUCGAUGUUUUCAAUUGCCUUCCAGUGGCAGCUGUCGUCGCCGACAAAAUAUUUUGUGUUCAUGGCGGCUUAUCGCCCUCUCUGUCACACAUGAAUGAUAUUCGCGGAAUUGCACGUCCGACGGAUGUACCUGACUAUGGCCUUCUCACUGAUCUUCUUUGGAGUGACCCGGCACUUAUUGACGAGGACUGGGAAUCGAAUGAACGUGGCGUAAGCUACGUAUUUGGCAAAAACGUGAUCCGAGAGUUUUUGACCAAAUUCGACUUUGAUUUGAUAUGUCGGGCUCAUAUGGUUGUUGAGGAUGGUUAUGAGUUUUAUGAGGAUCGCCUGCUUGUUACUAUAUUUACUGCGCCUGAUUAUUGCGGAGAAUUCGACAACUGGGGUGCAAUAAUGUCUGUAUCGAACGAUCUUGUAUGUUCGUUUGAGUUGUUGAAGCCUUUAUCAGCAGAGUUAUCGACGGCAAAUCUACGGGAAACAUGA